AUGUCACGUCCCUUGCAGACGUCCGACAUUAUCUUCCCAUCACAGUCCACGAAUUUCUCCGAAAUUCUGUCGUCGUUGAAGCGCUCUACGCUAUCUAUUUCAAAUCGUCUGAAAUCAAUCACAGAAGAUGCAACAUUUGUAUGCUCUGUGGCAGAUGCAGUGCGGCUGCCACUCAUUGCGAAUGAGCGUUGCGGGAGCUGGUACAUACCACCCGAGCGCAAGACGGCGAGUGCAUACUUCAAAAGUACCGACGGACACAUGAACGAAUGGGCCUUCAGCCUGAGGAGACUCAACACGCAAGUGCUGGACGUUAUCGGUCAGUUCGACGGCUGCAUAAUAGUCGACUCGACUAGAAGAGGGAAGCGAAUGCCAGAUGCCCUGUCCAAGACGGUUCCAAUUUGGUGCUGCGUGCUGAAUCGAGUUCUCUUCCCAGAGCUCGAGGAGUCACAUACACUAUUUACAGCAACGAUGUCGGUGUCUGCUUCUGAACACGCCCAGAUUGAAGCCAGAAUCCCUCGCUUCGUGCGCCAGCUUCAAGAGCUGGGUAUCAAUUUGUCAACUCUCCGAGCAUCUUUGCACAAGCCCCUUAGACCAGUGUUCGUGACACGAGAAGGCGAUAUAUUACAAGUGCCUGUAUUUGAAGAGUUUCACCGGGUAGUGCUGUGUACAACGUCGAGGACAGUUCUUGGCGGUGAAAUGUUUGAAGGGAGUUAUGUGCAAGGGGCAGGAGACGAUGCUGAAGGCUGGUCUCGGGGCUUGACAGCGCCGCUGUUCUGGAGACACAAGGCACGACUACUGAACUCCACAGAUGAGGAUAUGCCUGAGUUGAUCUCACAGCUGCUAGUGAACGGCGAAUGCCCCAACGAAGCUGGUCUAGUUCUCGUGAAGCCCACAACAUGGCUCUACGUAGGUGCUGAACAAAUACUAGACAACGAGAACGCUACUUUCGAUAGCGACGCUGUGAUACACUGCGGAGGGACCGUGCAUCGCAGCUCAAGCCUGCGAUUGAAGUCUAGAUACUUGCAUAUGCAGUGUUCCACUGGAAAGCUUGGAAGUAGAGAUCUGCGCAAGGAGUUGAACAAGUUACAGCCCUUCAUGUCGAACCUCAGCACCGGACGCCUGUUUGUCUGCUGUCAGACUGGCAAAGAUCUAUCUUUAGGCACCGCAUUAGCUAUCAUAUGUCUCUACGCUAAUGCCAAUGGGAGCAUGACAUCAACUCCAAAGUCUCCACAUUCGAUGGACAAGCCAUUUAUAAGACAACGCCUUGCGUGGGUGACGACCUCCAUGCCAACCUUGAAUCCCUCUCGAGCAACGCUACAGUCUGUCAACUCAUAUCUCAUGAGCUCCAUGUCCUCGUCCCCUACACUUGACUCUCCAAACCUCGCCCCAACCGGAGCAUCUUCGCAUCCAACAUCGACGCUACUCAUCUUUCGAUCCCUAGUCGGCACAUGGCAGCUCGAACGCACACUUUCCAGCAAACUCACAACCCAUCCAUCAGGCACCGUCGAAGGCAGCGCGACAUUUAACACCCACAAUGAAUCCGUCAGAGACAUCAAAGAAGGUGAAGAAGUCAUGUACGAAGAAAGUGGGUCAUUCAAAACCAAUAACGGCCUGGAAUUCAGCGUGAGACGACGAUACCUCUACCGAUACGAUCCCAAGUCGGACGAGAUUAGUGUUCUUUUCGUGAAAGAGGACGGCAAGACAGACGAUGGCUUGUUCGUGCAGCUGCAGAUCCUCGAUGGGGAAAAUGAUGGUAUCACCAGGAAGGCAAGAUCGAAAGAAACACAUGUGUGUGCUGCAGACUUGUAUGAUGCUGCUUACGAGUUUCACACCCAGAAACCAAGCGGAGGAGAAGGCCUGGGCGGCAUGGCUGAGUUCCAUGUUCGAUAUGACGUCCGGGGACCGCAGAAAGACUACACGAGCGCGACAAUAUAUACGCGAUUACCUGGCUAG